ACUUCGAGCAGCAUAGGAUUCACAUAAGUAGGGUGAUAUUUGAUCCUUUAACUCUGUGCUUUGAUAGCUGCUUUUAUGCAAUGAUAAAGAAUUUUGUGUUCUGUGUACUGCAAACAACAUUGUCAAGAAUUUUCAUCGACUGUGCAACAGAUGUGUCUUUAGUGAUUGCUUAAUGGUUAUGCUUUCCAAAGAACAGAUGAGCUUGUAUGCACGACGAGUGACAUUGCCUGCAAUCACUCCACUUGUCCUGCAGAAACGGGUAAUUAAGGUAUUUAAUGAAGAUGGCAACAGUCAAGCAUUGGAAGUGCCAAGUGACAGUGCAGCUCGAGAUGUGUGUCAGCUGCUAAUAAUGAAAAAUCAUUAUGUUAAUGAUGGUACCUGGACUAUCAUUGAACAAUUGUCUCAUAUUGGCAUAGAAAGAAUUGUAGAAGAUCAUGAAUCAGUGAUUCGAGUACAGUCAAGUUGGGUGAUGGAUACAGACUGUAGAUUCUACUUCAGAAAAAAUUAUGCCAAAUAUGAAUUCUUUAGAAAUCCAUCGUUUUUCCCAGAACACAUGGUGUCUGGUUGCAAUGAAACAAAUGAAAGUUUAAGUUAUUCACAAUUGAUACAGGAAUUCCUUAGUUCAAGAUCAUGUCCUGAAAUUCAUGGGUACCUCCAUAGUAGAGACCAAGGGAAGAAGAGCUGGAAGAAGAAUUAUUUCAUCUUACGAAGGUCUGGAUUGUACUAUUCUAGUAAAGGAACAUCAAAGGAACCAAGACAUCUGCAGUUUGUUGCUGAGUUCAGUGAGAGCAAUGCUUACACAUUGUUAUCAGGGAAGAAGAUGUAUGGAGCACCAACAAACUUUGGAUUCUGUAUCAAGUUUAACAAAUCGGGAGAGGCCAGAGACCUGAAGUUGUUUUGUGCAGAUGAUGAACAUAGUAGGACAUGCUGGGUGACGGUGGUUCGGCUUUUUAAGUAUGGAUUGCAACUCUUUCAAAAUUUCAAGUCACCGCAGCAAAGGAGUGGUAGCCUUGCAUCAGUGACCACAUCACCAAUGAGAAGUAUCUCAGAGAAUUCUUUAGUAGCAAUGGACUUCUCUGGACACAAAGGAAGAAUAAUUGAAAACCCCACAGAGGCACUUUCAGCUGCUGCUGAGGAGGCAUUGACAUGGCGGAGGAGGAGCUGCCAUCGUGUGAACCCACACGGAAGUCCACUCGCAGCGCACAGCUCUACUUCACGUAAAGCUAUUCACAGGACCCAGCGUUGGUUUCAUCACAAAAUCUCCAGAGAUGAAGCUCAAAAGCUAAUUGAACAACAAGGGCUUGUGGAUGGGAUGUUCUUGGUGCGAGAAAGUCAAAGCAACUUGAAGAGUUUCGUUUUGUCACUGUGCUAUAGUCGGAAGAUAAGGCAUUUUCAGAUUGUUCUGCUGGAAGAAGAUGGAGCAAUGUAUUAUUCACUGGAUGAGGGUCGCACCAAAUUUACAGACCUUGUUCAGCUCGUGGAGUUCUACCAACUUAACAAGGGAGUGCUACCCUGCAAAUUGAAACGCCCCUGUGCCCGAAUUGCACUUUAAUCUGAAGCCAUUUGCUUACCAGAAUUGUUCGGAGUGAGAGCUUGGAACAAAUACACCAGAACUGUGAGAAGAUAUUUGUGAUAAAAGUGUGUUGUGCCUCAAACCAAAGGAAGACUGCCUGUGGAAUUGGAUGCUAUUCAAUACUUGAUCUUUGAAUUUUCAACCUCAUUGUAUGCAAGAAAUCAGUGUUUUAUUGUGUGCUGCUUGUAAUGGGAGGACUAUACAAAGAAAAUCUGUAUGGCAUUACUAAAACCUAUGCUGCUUGUGAGAGAUUGGUCUCUGCCCAACAGAUGUUUUUUAUUGUAGUAACACUGUUUACUGUUCAAAAUAUUAAGUAUGCCAUCCUUAUUGGAACAUGAUGCCUCACUAAGUGAUUCUUUAAGUGUUUUUAAAAAUGAGCACCAAAACCAGAAGCAGAAGAUCCCAUUUUCUUAAUACUUGAACAUAAAGCAACAAGUGAGCAGUUUCAGUUUAGUCCAUUUUAACUUUGGUAGCGAAUUUUGCAUUGAAUUAUCUGUCUGGAUAUUGUAUGUGAAUAUAAUUCAUCCAGCACUGUUUUGCACUGAAAUUUAAAUAGCAAGCAUUUUCAGAAACUUUCAGAUUUACUUGCCUAUUUUAUCACUGUUUCAAGUACUGCAAAUGAGUUUUGUGGUCCAUUUAUUUAGACAUUUUGUUCUAAUAAUUGAAGUAGUAAAUGUUGUACUGAUUUUUUUUUUACUGCAAUAAUUAUGAUCAUACCCUCUUUUGAAUAUGGCAUUUGGGUUUUCAUUGUAAAGCUAGAAAAUAUUAUUUGGUCAUGAUGUGUACAUCCAUGUCCAAUAUGAUUAACAAAUCCAUUCCAUUAAAGGGUCUGGCUGAGAACUGGUUUAACAAGCUUUUGAAAUUAAAGAGAAACCUUGUCUCUCCAAAUUUACUGGUUUCAUCAAAUUAUUUUAAAAGCUUGUUAAUGAAAGUGUACUGUAGCUUUAACAAUGCUUUUGCAUUAAAUAUUAUCUGCCUCCUUUCCUGACAGUUUGACAGUAGAAAGUUGUACUGAAAUUAUUUCCCAAGCAUAAAUCUGAAGUUGCACAUUGUCUGUAGAAAGGCAAAUUAAUCUUGCUGCUUCCUGUAAACUUGUAAAUCUGACUUUUUGUCUUUGUAACCUCAGGAAAUAGAGAGAUCUUGUAGUAUUUCAUUGUGCACAUGUUGUUAUUUCCACAGAAGUCUUCAAUGAUGGUUGUUCUUCUGAGAAUAUAAUCUGUUUAGGGAAAAUUUUUUAAUGACUGUAAGCUUUUGUGUUCCAAUGAUUUACCGGUGGGGUAAGUGAGAGAACCAGCUGCAAAUUGACCUAUUUUCUAUCAAAGCAAAUUGAUGUUUUUGUCAUUUUCUACGUAAAUAAAGUUUUCAAUUUUCUUUC